AUGUCAUCUGAUCAAGAGCUCGGCGCGACUGCCCAAACAUGUGGACACGAAUUCGUGUGGACAGCCCAGCAUCCACAGAUCCAAGACAUUCGCAAGAUGCUCCAUACAUAUGACGAGCUGGCCAACGAUGCCCUUGCUCGGAUAGACGUUCUUUCUCCGCCUACUGAAAAAGCGCCAGGAGGUUGUCCCAUGCAGAAACGCGACCUCUACGCCCUCCUCGAACGGUACUCCGAGUCUGAUCAAACAAUUGGAAAGCUGUGGAAUCAAGUCACAGAAGUCCCUGACUGGGUAGACUGGGAGCAGAUUCGCCGCGGCCAAAAGUUUGUCUAUCAGUACCAUGCACAGAUUCAGCUAUGUCUUCUAUUUACCUCACUUCUUGGAGGGAUGGGCGCUUGGCGAAUAGUCGAAACCCUUUCACGGACUGGUGGCUUUGGCGUAAACGUUUGCCGUCGACGUCUCCUCGAGACGCUCCUGCACUUCGUACAAGUCGUUGAGAGUCUUGACUCUGUCAAGCCGCACGGCACAGGGUUUGCUUCCUCUGUUCGCGUUCGUCUCCUCCAUGCCAACGUUCGACGCCGUAUCAUGCGCCUCGAGAAGCAGCGCCAGGGGUAUUACGACACGGAGCAAUGGGGUGUCCCGAUAAACGACCUGCACCAGGUCGCCACAAUCAUGGCCUACUCUGCUAGCCUCGUCUUCCUCAGCCUCCCCCGCGUGGGAAUUUUCUGCACAGAGCAACAGAUUGCAGACUAUCUCGCCUUGUGGCGAUGGGUUGGGUAUAUCAUGGGCACGCCUGUGGAUUGGAUGGCGACCCCGGCUGCAGCAAAAGCCAUGAUGGAGGCGGUCCUGGUAUCUGAAGUGAAGCCCUCGACAAACUCACAAAUCAUUGCCAAUAACAUAAUCACAGCACAGACUAACUUCCCGCCCUUGUUUGCCUCGCGGCAAUUUCUCGCUGCCCUCGCCUACCGCCUCAACGGCGAAGAGCUUGCUGCGGCUUUGAACAUUGAGGCGCCGAAUGUUUGGUACCGCAGCCUGGCUAGCCUGCAGGGGGUUAUGCUUAACUUCUUAAGCUCGACUUACGCCUUGCUACCUCAGACGUGGCAGGCGAGGAGAGACAAGAGAUUUAUCCAGUACAGUCAUAACAUGGUGACAAACCGCAAGUUUGGCGGCCUUGAUGGCGCCACCAUAUUCGAGCUUCAGUACAUGCCGGAAAUUGGUAGGAUGACAGAGAUGGGCAGGAUCAACAUAAGCUUCUGGCAGCGUGUCAUGGAUUACACCAUGGGAAUUUUUAUGUUAUUCAGCGGGAUGAUAUUUCUAUAUGUUUAG